AUGUCUCAACCACAAGCAACGUCCGUGAUUCCUCUUGCAAAACAACAUUCUCAUUUCCAACUGUGUCCACCUUUGUCCAUACCAUCCUCUCAUCAUGGACAAGAUUAUUCGCCACAGAUCGAUGAAGAAGGACCAUCAUUAAACAAUACAACUGUGGCCAUGACCACCUCUCCCACUGACACUUUUCAAACUUCAAACAUCAUUCAAGUGUCACCAACAAGUGAGAACAACAAUUUUUCAUCUCUUUCCUUGAUCCAAUAUACGAAGUCCAAUUUGAUGAAUUUAAAAACUCUUCAACGCGCACUUAUUCUCAUCAUCUGCUUGUGCGUUCUCAUCAUUUCCAUUGCAUGGAAUUUCAUUGCUGGAGUUUUAAUGAGUCUCAAAGUCAUUCUUUGUAUUGCUUCAGGAAUUGUUGUUUUCAAAAAGAAUUCCAUUUUUCUAGUCAUUGUGUCCAUCUUACUCAUGCUUGAACUUGUUUUGAAUAUUGUUGCUUCGAUUUUCAUGGUAACCUUAUAUGCAAAGACCUUUUUGAAUAUAGCCUCUCAUUUCCGAGAAGUGUUAUGGUCCAUGGUCAUUGUGUUUGGUUUGAUCCAAAUGGUCAUUGUUGUGUUGAAUGUGACCAUUGCAAGAAGAUUUGAAAAAGAAGAGAAUUUGCAACCCAUCAUGGAGAAAGAAGAAGUAUAA